AUGACUUCUGAUGUACGAAAUUUCUCUUGCUCAAACAACCCACAGAACCCCAUUGCAAAUCAUCGAACCAGCAUACCUCCGGAGUUGAAAACGAUUUCAAGAUUAAAUACAAGUGGCAACUCAUUUGUAUCCAGUACAGAAGAUCAACUACGUACUCAUCAACAAACCUUAGAACACUGGCUUUUGAAUGCUGUGAUCCAUACAUUUGCUAAAUUCUCAUCAAGUCAUAAGUCAUUGGAAUUAUUGACUAAAUUUAUUGGCCUUCCUACAUCACUUGCUUGCGCACUGAGUUAUUAUAUUCCAGAAAGUUUAAAAGCUUUAUCAACUGACGGUAAAUUAAAUCAAGUUUACUUAGAUCAUUAUUUAUCAUUGCUCAAUUUAUUGGAAACAAAUACACUUAAUAUUGAUACAAUCAAUUCUAAUUUUCAACAUGAUCUAUUCAAAGAUGAUAUUGAAAAUGUUCAAUAUAUUCAUAAUUUAAUUCAACAAUUAUUUAAAACAAAUGAAUUAUUGGAUGAAUUCAAUGCAUUAUUUACAUCUAUUACACAAUUAUUAAAUCUUUAUCUUAAAAAAUCUUCAAAUGAAAGAAUUGGAUUUGAAAAAUAUGAUGAUUUAUGUCUUGUGAUUAAUAUUUAUCAAUUGAUUUAUAACAUAUCUACUAAUACUAUUGUUACUAAUAGUAGUCAUUGUUAUCAUUCUAAUUCAACUAUCAUCUCAUCUAGUACUGGUGUCAACGUUGCUAUUACUACUAGUGGAUUAACAUUAACAACAAAUCCUAUUCAAAGUGAUAUUGUACAAUCAAAUUAUAAUUCAAAAAUACAAAACGGAGUUUUACGCAAUUUAGUUCGUGCAUCUGGCACUGUUGCUAAACCUGCAAUACCAGCCCAUCCAAGCAAUCAACCUAUUCCUGUUGUAAAUCAAUCUACUGUAG